AAGUAGGCAGGCAUGACAUGGGCGAAGCAGCAGUACCGCCUGAGCUAGAUACCUUUCCAGCAGCAAAGAUGGCUCAGACAAACCCUCUGCCUGUCCCCAUGGGCCCCUGGAAGAUCACCGUAUACGACCAAGAAAAUUUCCAGGGCAAGAGGAUGGAGUUCACCUCGGCCUGUCCAAACAUCAUGGAGUGUGGUUUCGACAACAUCCGCUCCCUAAAGGUGGAGUGUGGCGCCUGGGUCGGUUAUGAGCACACCGGCUUCUGCGGGCAGCAGUUCAUCCUGGAGAGGGGAGAGUACCCGCGCUGGGACGCCUGGAGCGGCAGCAAUGCCUACCACAUCGAGCGCCUGAUGUCCUUCCGCCCCGUCUGCUCUGCUAAUCACAAGGAAUCCAAGAUCACCGUCUUCGAGAAAGACAACUUCAUCGGCCGCCAGUGGGAGAUAAGCGACUACCCCUCGCUGCAGGCCAUGGGCUGGGCCAACAACGAAGUGGGCUCCAUGAAGAUCCCCUGUGGCGCCUGGGUUUGCUACCAGUAUCCCGGGUACCGCGGCUACCAGUACGUCCUGGAGGCCGACCACCACGGGGGAGACUACAAGCACUGGAGAGAGUGGGGAUCACACGCCCAGCAGACCUCCCAGAUCCAGUCCAUCAGGCGCAUCCAGCAGUAG